GACCGCGUGGACUUGAUAUGGUACAUAAAGGCUGCCUGCGAAGACAAAGCAAAAGAGCUGAAGGAGGGGCUCUCUUCAAUGCGUUUGAAGCUGCAGCAGCAGCCAAAGCAGCAGCAGCAGCAGCAGCAGCAGCUGCACCCUGCGGGGGGCGCAGCAACAGCCACGGGGGGCCCCAUGGGGGGCCCCACAGGUAACCCUCAUGGGGGGGGCCCCCCUGAAAGAGUUUCAGAGGCUUGA